CAAUCCGAGAUCACGCUUACAGACCACGUGUAAUUCUGAAAUUACUCAGAAAAUAUAUGAGCUGGUUAAUGUGCAUCAAUUCCACCUCCCAUUUAGAAAUCUCGGAUUUUCCGGGAAUUUUUUGUGUUUAGAUAGAAAUUUUCCUGAAAAUGGUUGCAGUAGUUUUCUGUUCUCACUCGGCCCUUCGCUUGCAAUCUUUCUACGCUUUCAGCAAGCCGAAGUUGGGAAAAUACGCUGUCUCUCUUCAAGAGACUGCAGAUGGAUUUUCACCCUUUGCCUCCCGAAGGGACCUUCUUCCAUUAACCAUUUCAAGCAUAAAAUCAGAUGGAAACAGGAGAGGACGACCUCCCCGCAAAAAUCAUAUCUCAGGAAGAACAGAAAAGGGGGAUAAAAAUAAGACACCGCCGUCAUCUGAUGGUAAAUUAUCAGAGUCAUCUAAUCAGGAUGAGAUAAUUGCUCUUUUCAGACGGAUACAAUCUUCAAUCUCAAAAGGGGAGUCUCUAGGUACCAAGAAGAGAAUUUCUGAUUCGUCCGUGGACAAGACAUCAGCUGAAUCAGUUUUGGAGAUUCUUCGCCAAUCAAGGAAACAAGUAAAAGGCAGACCUUCUAAAAAGGAAGGAGGCCAGGUGUUGACACAGAGAAGAGGUGUGCCUAAGAAGGAUCAGGGGAUACCAGACAAACAGUAUGUAGCAGACUUGAAGUCAGCGAGGCCUCCAUCAAAUUUUGUGAAAAGGUCUCCAAUCCCAUCUCCUACAAACCCAAGAGGGAAGGCAGUCAAGCUGAAAAAUGAAGUGUCAGUUAGAACAACUAGCUUCAAUGAGCUGCCCAAGGUUGAGGAAAUGAAAGUUACUGAGCUAAAAGAACUUGCAAAGUCCAGAGGAAUCAAAGGUUACUCAAAGAUGAAAAAGAGUGAGUUGGUGGAGUUGCUGAGGUCCUAAAAGGCUAGAAGUAGUUGAGGGCGUUCUGUGAGCUGAGACAACAUGCAGAAUGAAUGUGAAGGUUUUUUAACUGCUGAUGAUCAAAGUGGUCCAUCAAACAUCUACAGCUAUACAUUGACGAACCUGUGUCACCUUUUUGGAAAAGAAUAUUAACUUAAGUUGAUAUUUGGUCUUCUGAGACAAAAGUUCAACAAUUUCGUUUUUAACGUCCAUGGUGAUAUUGUUCUAACUUCUUAUCGAAUCAAAUGUCCUUGAUGAUGGUGUCAA